AUGAUAUCUACCCAUAAAGAGAGUAGGUCGGAGGAAAAUCGAGAAUUUCCGGAACAAACUUAUUUACAUUUCGCGUCAGAGGCCUUAUUAAUAGACAAUAAUAGUUUAAAGCGGGAAACCGCGAGGGACGCGAUACUCGGGCGGGUCCUCGGUUAUAUACGGGACGGCUGGCCGCAAGAUAUCGAAAUAAAAGAUAUCAAACCAUACUUUCACAGACAGAAAGAGUUAUACGAGGAACUGGGGUGCGUCAUGUGGGGUCACAGAGUAGUGGUACCUUCUAGUUGUAGGGAGAAAGUUCUCGCGGAGUUACAUGAGGCUCACAUGGGGAUCACCAAGACGAAACAGUUCGCCCGCAGCUACGUGUGGUGGCCGGGGAUCGACAAGGCGGUGGUGGCCGUGUGCCGCGCCUGCUCGGUGUGCGCGCGCGCGUGGCAGACGCGCCGGAGCGACACGAGCCGCGCCCGUGGCUGUGGCCAGAGCGUCCGUGGUCGCGACUGCAUCUCGAUUUUUAGGGCCGAUAGGGGGCGCUACUUACUUAGUCACCGUGGACGCUCAUUCUAA